CCCAUCGACUGUUGGAAAAAGUUACAGGAGUACUGGGAGGCGGAAUAACAAGUAGACUUGAUCGAAGUGUUUUAGGGGGAUGGCCACAGCGGCUUCCAAUCCUUACCUGGCCAGCACCAACAUUCUUUCUUCAUCAGGCUCGGUGGUGCACUCGGAGUCCGGAGGCGGUGGCAUGCAGCCAGCCGUUACUUCAGUAUCAGCCGGAUACAGAGGAGAUCCCGCGGGCAAGAUGGUGCAGAGCGAUUUUAUGCAAGGAGCCAUGGCGGCCAGUAACGGGGGCCACAUGUUAAGCCAUGCACAUCAGUGGGUCACCUCGCUGCCUCACGCCGCCGCGGCAGCCGCAGCAGCAGCAGCCGCCGCAGCAGCCGCCGAAGCCGGAUCGCCUUGGUCCUCUAGUCCUGUAGGAAUGGCUGGCAGCCCGCAGCAGCAAGACGUAAAAAGCACUCCCAGCCGAGAAGAGCUUCACUCCGCAACAGCUCUGCACCAUCGAUCUGCUCACGGAGCUCACCAGGCGCACCAAAGCGCAUGGCCCGGCACCACGCACGGCAUCAGCACCAUCACAGCGGGCCAGCAGCAAUCCCAGCAGUCCCUUAUCUACUCCCAACCCGGAGCUUUCACUGUCAACGGAAUGCUUAACCCCACCAGCAGUUUGGUUCAUUCAGGUUUGAUGCGAGGCGAAUCGCCAGAAAUGGACCACACUAGCCACCAUCAUCACCACCACCAUCAUCAUCCUCACCAUCACCCGCAUCAGCAGCAACAACACGGGCACCAUCCUCACGCGCAGCACCACGGCGGAGUGAACAGCCACGACUCACACUCAGACGAGGACACUCCGACUUCUGACGACCUCGAGCAGUUUGCCAAACAGUUUAAGCAGAAACGCAUUAAGCUUGGCUUUACGCAGGCUGACGUGGGAUUGGCUCUCGGUACUCUAUACGGAAACGUCUUCUCCCAGACCACAAUUUGCAGGUUCGAGGCUCUGCAGCUCAGCUUUAAAAACAUGUGCAAGCUCAAGCCGCUGCUAAACAAGUGGCUGGAGGAGGCCGACUCGAGCACCGGUAGUCCCACCAGCAUUGACAAAAUCGCAGCACAGGGCCGCAAGCGCAAAAAGCGCACCUCAAUCGAGGUAAGCGUCAAGGGCGCACUAGAAAGUCACUUUCUGAAAUGUCCUAAACCUUCGGCGCAAGAGAUCACUAACCUGGCGGACAGCCUGCAGCUGGAAAAGGAGGUGGUUCGUGUCUGGUUUUGCAAUAGGAGGCAGAAGGAGAAGAGGAUGACACCGCCAGGAGUGGGUCAGACGCACGAGGACGUGUACUCUCAGGUCGGCAACGAGAACUUUGUGAUAGAUUGCUUAAAAGAUGCAAGUUUGAAAGCUGAACCGGACGACCAGGUGGGCACAACUCCCAACUCUUAUCACCAGCUCAUUCUGGCGCAUUGACACCUGACCAUAAGCAAAAAAAAAAACUUAACUCGAUGUUUAUGGAUCGUCCUUUCAUUAACUGGGUAAAUUGACUGGCAUGAAAAUAAAUCAAACCACCGAAUGAAGAAGGUUGGAACGC